GACGAGGCACCGUGUCUGGGGGCUGCACCCCACAAUGAGCCGGGGUGAGGUAGUAAGGACGAGGCGCCAUGUCCAGGGGCUGCACCCUACAAUGAGCCGGGGUGAGGUAGUAAGGACGAGGCGCCAUGUCCAGGGUCUACACCCCACAAUGAGCCGGGGUGAGGUAGUAAGGACGAGGCGCCAUGUCCAGGGGCUGCACCCCACAAUGAGCCGGGGUGAGGUAGUAAGGACGAGGCGCCAUGUCCAGGGGCUGCACCCCACAAUGAGCCGGGGUGAGGUAGUAAGGACGAGGCACCAUGUCCAGGGUCUACACCCCACAAUGAGCCGGGGUGAGGUAGUAAGGACGAGGCGCCAUGUCCAGGGGCUGCACCCCACAAUGAGCCGGGGUGAGGUAGUAAGGACGAGGCACCGUGUCUGGGGGCUGCACCCCACAAUGAGCCGGGGUGAGGUAGUAAGGAUGAGGCACCAUGUCCAGGGGCUGCACCCCACAAUGAGCCGGGGUGAGGUAGUAAGGACGAGGCGCCAUGUCCAGGGUCUACACCCCACAAUGAGCCGGGUUGAGGUAGUAAGGACGAGGCACCGUGUCUGGGGGCUGCACCCCACAAUGAGCCGGGGUGAGGUAGUAAGGACGAGGCGCCAUGUCCAGGGGCUGCACCCUACAAUGAGCCGGGGUGAGGUAGUAAGGACGAGGCGCCAUGUCCAGGGUCUACACCCCACAAUGAGCCGGGGUGAGGUAGUAAGGACGAGGCGCCAUGUCCAGGGGCUGCACCCCACAAUGAGCCGGGGUGAGGUAGUAAGGACGAGGCGCCAUGUCCAGGGGCUGCACCCCACAAUGAGCCGGGGUGAGGUAGUAAGGACGAGGCACCAUGUCCAGGGUCUACACCCCACAAUGAGCCGGGGUGAGGUAGUAAGGACGAGGCGCCAUGUCCAGGGGCUGCACCCCACAAUGAGCCGGGGUGAGGUAGUAAGGACGAGGCACCGUGUCUGGGGGCACCAUGUCCAGGGGCUGCACCCCACAAUGAGCCGGGGUGAGGUAGUAAGGACGAGGCACCGCCUGCAGCAAACUGUGUACAGUGAAUGAAAUCUUUCAUGUUUACCAUGAGAGACUCUUCCCAGCGCUGAGGGUUUGUAGCAAUGUGUCGCAUUUCAUUUGCACUGAUACAUUGUAACAAACUAUCAGAGCAGGAGAGAGAUUAGUUCCUCUGGUGUACGGACUGGAGGCAACGGUAGCAGUCCUUAAGCUGUGACAGGUAUUCAGUCAGGGUUUGUAGGUAAAUUAGGAAGUUUCCAUUCACUUACAGCAGUCAGAGAUCUUGAUAGUGGUGCGGUGUAGAAUUAAAACUCAGUCAGUUGGAAAGUUGCAGCCCCCCCCCCCCCCCCCCCCAUGGUGCCCUGAUACAUUGUGCUGGUUACAAUGUGUCAGUGGGGGGCGUGGCCUGCUGCUCUGCCCCUCAGGUCUGGGGACCCCCAGGCUCAGACCCCUGUACAGAUUGUCCUGGGGGCGUGCACUCCAUGUGAAAGAGGCCUCUGUGCAGCCCCUGACUGGCAUGCCAAGUGUGCCCCCGUCUGGUGCCAUGAUGUAACCUGUGCAUGUGAUUAUCUGCAGAAGUCUCCAUUUAAUGCCCAGUCACUACCACAUCUCCAGUCACUCCCAGAGCUGCAUUCACGUGUGUGGAUGUUCAUUUAAAGGGAUUGUCCUGUACACACACAUUAAUAGCAGAAUAGUGACUGCAGCUCUGGAUGUGACUGGAGUAUAAGACACAUAGUAGCAGAAUAGUGACCGCAGCUCUGGAAGUGACUGGAGUUUAAGACACAUAGUAGCAGAAUAGUGACUGCAGCUCUGGAUGUGACUGGAGUAUAAGACACAUAGUAGCAGAAUAGUGACUGCAGCUCUGGAUGUGACUGAAGUAUAAGACUAUGUAAUAGCAGAAUAGUGACUGCAGCUCUGGAUGUGACUGGAGUAUAUAUGUCGAGGCGCUGAGGUUUGGCUCUAUUAACCCCUGUCUUGCUGUCUUCUCUCCCGCCUGCCGCUGCCGCUUCUCCUGUCUGUCUGUCUCUUCCUGCCUCUUCUCCACAGAUCACCACCCGCCGCACCAAGGUGAGCGCAGCCGCAGCGCGAACGUCCAGUGUCUGUGUGCAUUGUGGGGGCGGGGGGGUCCUGAUGUCAGUGGCUGUUACACUGUGACGACUGUGCAGCGCCGUGCACUCUGCAGCCGCUCCAAUGCUUGUGUAUUGACGCCUGCGGUUGUUUCUUGCUUUCUCAUCUCUGACCAUCAGCGCCGUCUCCUCUGUCCUGCAGGGCGCUCUGCUACACGGGGCGACGAUACAGGCUCGGCCUCGUCUACACCCUGCCAGCCUUACCUGAAGACCCUUCAUCAGCGCCCAUAGGGGUGUGAAGUAUACACAUGUAGCAGAGCUGAGUUUGGCAUUUGGCACAGCUUAUGGCAUGGAUCGGUGUCUUCUCGUGAAGUACAGAAAUGGGUAAACUUAUUCGGCUCUGCUACAUCUGUUUGUGCAGUGCACACCCCUGCGCCUCUUUGUAUUCAAGAAACUCAUUGACAGCAAUGUGCCGGUUUUCCUUUUUACAAGAUCUCUGCUUACUGUGACUGAAUUGAGCAAUUGUUUUUGAGCUGGACUAGAUCGGGGGAUUUCAGUUAAUAGUUACUGACAGCAAACGGAGAUCUUGAAAAUGUGGGUGACGUCGGUUAGAGCGGAGGGUCCGUCUGUCCUCAAUGUCGGACACGCUGAUCAGUGAGGGAUAAGCAGCUACCUCUGCCGCCAUAUGUCCCUGUACUGACCCUGAUCUCUGUUCACAUCCGAAGCAGAGGCAAGAAUUCUGCUUUCUGUCUGAACAGAGAUAAUCUGCAGGAUGCGUCCCCUCGGUGGUGCCGUGUGACGGUAGAGAGGACCGCAGCAGCACUCCGUACCAGCCCGCAUGUAUACUGAUAUCCAUUAAUGAUGUUUGU